CUGCCAUGGCAGAGCCUUCUCUCAAAUGACCGAUAAGCACCGAACAGAACACUGUACAGAAGCGUCGCCAAGAUGUUAAUUAAAUGCCCGAGAACGACGUCGGAAUAGCUUGCCCUUGAAGGCUUUUAGUCUCAAUGACGAGAAGUUGACGACCCGUGAUCAGAGACAAUUUUUAUCCGCACAGCACAGCCUCUGCAAUCUGCCCGCAAAUCUUCUUGUUGAUCGCCAAAAGGGCGUAACAGUCAAUUUUCCAAAACGACCAGGUCAUACCUCUUCCCCGACAAUAAAACAUCUCGCUUCUGUCUCAUUUCCUCUGCUUCUGUGAAGCCGUGGAAAAACAUGGAGAACCUGUGGUGCUUUCUCUCUGCUGUUCUCCUCUGUUUCUCUUUCCACACCGUACCUUCGCUGGCUGCUGAUACCAUCUCUGCAAAUCAAACUCUUUCUGGGGAUCAAACCAUCAUCUCAUCCGGCGGUGUCUUCGAAUUGGGUUUCUUCAAGCCAGGUAACUCCUCAAACUACUAUAUAGGCAUCUGGUAUAAAAAGAUCUCUCAACGGACCAUUGUUUGGGUCGCAAACAGAGACAGCCCCGUCUCUGAUAAAAAUUCAGCCAAAUUAGUUGUAUCAAACGGUAAUUUGAUUCUCCUCAACGGGUCCCAAAUCCCAGUUUGGUCGACAAACUUGACUUCCACCACAUCAAAGUCUGUUGUUGCUGUCCUCCUGGAUUCUGGGAAUCUCGUCCUCAGAGACAAGCCCGAGUCUUCAGAAAACUUAUGGCAGACUUUUGAUAACCCAACCGACACGUGGCUUCCUGGAGGUAAAAUCAAACUCGACAAUAAAACGAAAAAGCCACAAUAUCUCACUUCAUGGAAGAACGAAGAUGAUCCAGCGACGGGUCUCUUCUCCCUCGAGCUAGACCCGAAAGGAACCACAUCGUACUUAAUUCUUUGGAACAAGUCUGAAGAGUAUUGGACAAGUGGUCCUUGGAAUGGCCAAAUUUUCAGCUUGGUUCCUGAAAUGAGGGCGAAUUUCUUAUACAAUUUCACCUUUGUUUCAAACGAGAACGAGAGCUAUUUCACUUACUCCAUGUAUAACUCUUCUAUUAUAUCUCGUUUCGUGAUGGGCAUCUCGGGACAGAUCCAGCAACUCUCAUGGCUAGAAAGCACCAAGCAGUGGAAUUUGUUUUGGUCUCAGCCAAGACGACAGUGUGAAGUUUAUGCUUUUUGUGGCUCUUUUGGGAGGUGCAAUGAGAAUUCCCAGCCAUUUUGUACUUGCUUGACCGGUUUCGAGCCAAAGUCUCAAACUGAUUGGGAUCUGCAGGAUCACUCAGGUGGGUGUGUGAGGAGAACCAAGUUGCAAUGUGAGAAUCCAACAUCACCUAACAGAGAGAAAGAUAGGUUUUUGGCAAUGCCAAACGUGGCCUUACCUAAACAUGCAAAAUCUGUGCGAGCAGGGGAAGCUGGUGAAUGCGAAUCCAUGUGCUUGAACAAUUGCUCUUGUGCUGCUUAUGCUUAUGACGGUAACGGUUGUUCUGUUUGGAAUGGAGAUUUAUUAAGUCUGCAACAACUUUCUCAAGAUGACAGCAACGGAGGAACUUUAUAUCUAAAGCUUGCAGCUUCUGAGUUUUCUGCUACUAAACGGAAAAGUAGAGAAAUUAUUGGUAUUGUGGUGGGCAUUGUAGGUGGUUUAGGGGUUCUCCUGGCCAUUCUGUUAUUUGUGAUAAUCAGAAGAAGAAGAAUUGUUGGAAAAGGAAAAUCGGUGGAGGGUUCAUUGAUGGCAUUUGGGUACAGAGAUUUACAAAACGCAACCAAGAAUUUCUCUGAAAAACUAGGAGGAGGAGGUUUUGGUUCUGUUUUCAGAGGCACAUUGCCGGAUUCCAGUGUCAUAGCAGUGAAAAAGCUUGAAAGCAUAAGCCAAGGUGAGAAACAGUUUCGAUCAGAAGUCAGUACUAUAGGUACAGUCCAACAUGUGAAUCUUGUUCGUCUUCGUGGGUUCUGCUCUGAAGGCAACAGAAAGCUUCUGGUUUAUGAUUACAUGCCAAAUGGCUCAUUGGACGCCCAUCUGUUUCAAGAAAAGAACUCCAAGAAAUUAGAAUGGAAAUUAAGGUACCAAAUUGCUCUAGGAAUCGCGAGGGGACUAACUUAUCUCCACGAGAAGUGCAGAGACUGCAUCAUACAUUGUGACAUAAAGCCAGAAAACAUUCUUUUAGAUUCUGAUUUUGGCCCAAAAGUUGCAGACUUUGGCCUGGCAAAACUAGUUGGAAGGGAUUUCAGCAGAGUCCUCACAACCAUGAGGGGGACAAGAGGCUAUCUUGCCCCAGAGUGGAUUUCUGGGGUGGCUAUCACUGCAAAAGCUGAUGUUUACAGCUACGGAAUGAUGCUUUUUGAAUUUGUGUCAGGUAGAAGAAAUUCCGAGGCAUCUGAAGAUGGUCAGGUGAAGUUCUUUCCUACAAGCGCUGCAAAUGUAGUAAUCCAAGGAGGCGAUGUUCUUGACCUUCUAGACCCUGCCUUGGAGCGAAAUGCAGACGCUGAAGAGCUGACUAGGAUAAUAAAACUUGCUUCCUGGUGCGUGCAAGAUGAAGAGAGUCACAGGCCAUCCAUGGGUCAGAUAGUUCAAAUACUUGAGGGUGUUUUGGAUGUGAAUCUGCCUCCUAUUCCAAGAUCCCUCCAAGUGUUUGUUGACAACCAGGAGAAUAUAGUUUUUUUCACUGACUCAAGCUCCAACCAGAGUUCGCAUACAAGAAGCAACACCUCAGCAGUAUCUGCUCAGGCCAAAAGCAACAUCUCAUCGGCAAGCUCCAAGUCCUCAAGAGAAAAUUAGGAGGAGUAUAAGCUUUGCUUUCUUUGUAAGCCAAUGAAUUUCAUUAUGAUAUGUGGGCGUAUCUCAUUACCACAUCAAGAUGCUUGUGUAGUAUAUUUGAAUCAGAAUAAUCUGAUCUGUUAUGGCCUUUUCCCUAUUUAUGUAAUCUAAUAUGAGUAAUACAGCAACAAGAUGUGAUUUUGGAGUUUGUGAAUACUACGUUAGUUAACAA